AUGUAUGAGCCAGAUAUAGAAUUUAGGAACCAUAAUAAUACCGUCAAUAAGCCUGCAGGAAUGUUCAAAGGUGUAACUGUGAGUCUGAACAAUAAGAUAAUAAAAGCUGAUUUAUAUGUAACUGAAUCGUCCGGGCCGCCGAUUAUAGGCAGAGCGUGGCUCAAAGCACUAGGAUUAUGGCCUCUAUUUAAAGACCUAGAUCUGCAUAUAGUUAAAAAUAAAAUUGAUGGUAAUGACAGGCUAAAUAAAAUCUUAGAAAAACAUGCUAAAUUUUUUGAAAAUUCUAAAGGAUCGUUCAAUAGGGCCAAGAUCAGGUUAGAAUUAAAGGAUGAUGCUAAACCGAUAUAUGAGUUAGCGCGAUCUGUACCUUUUGCUUUAAAGGAUAAAAUAGAAAAAGAAUUAGAUAGAUUGGUAGAAGAAAAAAUAUUGGAACCAGUAGAAAUGAGCGAAUGGGCUACCCCGAUCGUGCCGAUACUAAAACCGAAUGGAGAUGUUCGACUUUGCGGAGCUUUCAAUGUAACUAUUAACCCUUUAUUAAAAACAAUUCGCUAUGCACCACCGAAUUUCGAUCACGCUAUGGCUCGAUUAAUAACAAAAAAUAUUAAUAAUAAAAAUAAGAAGCGGUAUUCGAAAAUUGACCUAAAAGAAGCUUUUUUACAAGUUCCCGUUGAGGAAAAUUCGCAAAACUUAUUAACUAUCAAUACUCACAAGGGCUUGUUUAAAUGCCUAUAUAUGAUGUACGGUAUAUCAUCGGGACCUGGUUAUUUUCAAAAGCAAAUUGAGGAAGUUUUGAAAAAUAUAAACGGAGUCGCGGUGGUAGCAGACGACGUAGUGGUAACGGGAAGUGAUGAUGAGGAACAUUUGCGAAAUUUAGAUAUAGUAUUAACGCGUUUAGAAGAAUGCGGUUUGAAAGGACGAGUAAACAAAUGCGAAUUUUUCAAAGAUGAAGUUAAUUAUCUAGGAUAUAAGUUACGGGAUGACACUAUUACAAUAAAUGAAGAAAAGUAUAGAGCAAUAGUUGAUAUGAAAGAACCGGAAAAUCACAAAGAAUUACAGUUAUUAUUAGGUAAAAUCAAUUAUUAUGGCAGGUUAUUUAAAGAUCGUGCUAAAAUUCUAGCACCAUUAUAUAAUUGCAGUAAUUCGAGAAUUUUUGAGUGGGAUCAAAAUUGCAAAGAAGCGUUUGAAAGAGCGAAAAUAGAAUUAAAAAGUGUGCUUGUAAACUACAAUCCAUCUUUACCAUUAAAAUUAACAUGUGAUGCGUCCCCAAAAGGGCUGGGUGCGUAUAUCAACCAGCCUUAUGAAGACGGCGAUAGACCGGUAGCGUUUGCAUCAACGAGGUUGACAGCCGCGCAAGAAAAUUACUCGCAAAUUGAUAAAGAAGCAGCUGCGAUAAUAUUUGGAGUAACUAAGUUUUAUGAUUAUUUAUUCGGACGUAAAUUUCUUUUAAAAACGGAUAAUAAACCGUUAUCUAGGAUCUUUUCUCCUGAAAAGGGUAUACCAAAAAUGGCUACGAGUAGAUUGCAAAAUUGGAGUUACUUUCUAUCGGCAUUUGAUUAUGAAAUAGAGUACAUUAGUACAAGAGAUAAUAUUGUGGCUGAUACUUUAUCGAGAUUACCGAUAAAUUAUGUAGAAAGUAAUGAUGUUUUAGAAACUGAAGGCUUAUUUACGUAUUUACACUAUGUAUAUUCAACAAACAUAACAUGUUUAAAUUUCAAAGCAGUAGCACGCGAAACUGCUAAAAACGAGACUCUAUCCAUCGUGAAGCGGAUGGUAAUAGAAGGAUGGCCUGACUGUAGUCUUAAAAGUUGGCCCAAUGAGUUGCAACCAUAUGCACUGCGUAAAGACGAAAUUCACGUCGAAAAAGAAUGUUUAAUGUGGGGACAGAGAGUUAUCGUUCCACCUAAAUUAAGAGAAAAGGUAAUCGAAAAAUUGCACGAAAGUCACUUUGGGAUAGUUAAAAUGAAGAGUUUGGCAAGGUCGGUGGUUUGGUGGCCUAAUAUAGACAAAAAUUUAGAAGAUAAAUCUUAA